CCCUAGUCCUACCUAGGCCAUACAUGUAAUCUUCCACCGGUGUUCCCGGUUACGACAGACACUGUCGCCGCUGAAGGUGAAUCUGAUAAAAAGUCUUUAGUUUCACCGGGCUGCAAACCUAAAGAUCGAGACGACGGAACGCCUCACAGUGACUUGUUACCGGGCUCUUGAUGGUGAAUAGUUUUACUGCAAAGUAUACAUGGACAUAAUUGAAAUUCAAUUUCCGGUGGGCAUCAUGUAUUUCCGGUAACUGUGACAAAGCGACGCAGACCGUAGUUGAUUCUUCAUAUUCACUACUGGUGUCAAAUCGUGACAGUCUGCUAGAAGUAUUGCGACGCGAUGUCUUAUGUCCGAGUGCUCCAACAGAAACCGAUACAUCGCCUUUCCCUUGGUGCCAGUCUAUUUCUCACCGCAUGUUUGACUUUCUACGUGUUUGUAGUUUAUCGUGAUUAUUCGGUCCCGUUGAAUACGGAUACUGGAGUUGUCGUUUUGGAUAGUAGACUGCUUUACCCCGAUUAUGGCAUUUGGAAUUGGUCACAGUCGUCGACCGCCAGUUUUAAUACUACGGCAACAGAUUUAGUUUUCUACAACAAGGUUGGUAAGUGCGGAAGUCGUUCACUGGUCUACCUACUCCGUCGAUUGGGCAGGAUAAACAACUUCACCUCGGCUGGUCAAAGCAAAACACCGAAUAGCAAAUCAAGAUACUUAACACCGACUGACCAGCUUGAACUUGUACAACGUAUCACAUCACUGCCAAGACCAGCCACAUUCUACAGGCACACAGUUUUUAUAGAUUUUCUAAGAUUUGGAGCACAAAGACCAAUUUACAUUAACAUUAUACGCCGUCCUCUAGAUCGACUUGUUUCCGAAUACUAUUUCAAAAGAUUCGGCGAUGAUAAAAAUAGCAGUAAGGGUUUUCUUGGUGAAACAAAGUAUCAGUCGUUUGAUGACUGUGUUCUGCUCAACAAAUCAGAAUGUAGGGGUGAUAAUAUAUUCUAUAUUAUACCCUAUUUCUGUGGACAGCAACAACAAUGUAGGAGUGCGACGGAAUGGGCGCUGCAGACCGCGAAAGUGAACGUGAUAAAUCACUUCCUUGUGGUGGGACUAAGUGAAGAAUACGAAAACACUCUGAGAGUCCUAGAGAAAAUGCUACCCCAGUUCUUCACAACGGCAGUAAGAGCGUUCAAAACCCCAGGAGUAAUACCAAGUACAAAGACCAGAAAAAAACAACCACCAAAGCCAGAAGUUGUAAAAAUCAUGACGGAGAGACUGAAAUUAGAAAUCGAGUUUUAUGAAUUUAUCAAGGAUCGAUUCCAAAGGCUGAAACGCCAACUGCAGAUUGACGUCCAUGAUAAUUAUUUGUAGUGCAUGCAUGCAACAAAUAUCCUCAGGAAGUGACGUAAUUUAUUGACAAGUAAAGAUUAUCUCGUUUCACCAGUGUGUCGAUAGAGGGCGUCGCGCUACAUAACUUUUGUUAUCACGUCAGUUAAACGAGCCUGACGAGUUCAUUAUGGGAAACUAAGACCGGGCGUACUUUUCUAUUUAUUUGUGGGAUAAACGACACAGACGCAGUGUGCAUUCUUUGGGAUCAAAUUCAAAUGUGAACGUGUGUCUUCUUCUUUCCUGACACUAAGAUGCAAAUAUUUAAUGAUGAUAUGAAAAUGUCAUUAACAAACGACUGUAGUCUUUAUAAUAUUGAAUUAUUGAAUUCGUUAAGAGUAACUAUUGACAAUGACGUACUGAUCAGGGGGAAAUGUUGUUUUCAUUCUUCUAUUUUUCGAGCUCGUGGUAUAAACGAAAUAUCCAUAUUGAAUACUGUAAAAUAAUUUAUUUUCACAGAAGGGAUGAUUCAGUGAAAAAAAAAAUCACUUACAAAACACCCGAACUGUCUUUUCAAUAAAAUAUAAUAUUUUACAGUAAUAUGAACCAUAAGUCUAGCACACUCUAGCGACCAAACACUUCAAUGACCUCAUCAUCAACCCAGAUUUGCACCGUCGUUAUUUUUUUCUCGUUUUAGAGAGUUUCUAUUUCUAAAUGACUGUUUGACGUCAUAGACGUCAUGUUGCUUACAUCUAUCUACGUUGCAUUGUGAGUAUGCUUCAUGCAUUCCGAAAAUGUACAUUUUCUUCAGAAUGUUUUUUUUUCUCCAGAUUUUUGAAUAGUGAUUUCAUCUGUUUUAGAGAGUUUCUGUUUCUAAAUGACUGUUUGACUUCACAGCCAAAUAUUGCUUACACCCAUCUACGUCACAUUGACGUCA